AUGACAGGUAUUGAUCAAUCAUCAAGUAAUAAUAGUGUUGUUGGGGGUGCAACUAGUCAUCAUCAACAACAACAAAAAGAGUCACCAUCAUUAUCGCUUUCAACAUCUUCACAACCUUUAAACAAAGAAAGUAUAUUCUUGGGUGAUGCAUCAUCUUCUUCAUUAGGAGGAGGAGGAGGUAGUGGUGGUUUUAAUUACACAAAUCUAACAAAAGAACAACAACAACAAAUUCAAAAAAUUAUAUCUCAACAACAACAACAGGUACCUGCAACUCCUACUCAUCAAAAACAACAACAUCAUCAACAAAAUCAUCAUAGUACUGGUGAUAUGAUAAAUACUAAUGGUGGUGGUAAUUAUAAUAGUCAUCAUCAUCAACAACAACAACAUCUUGGUAGUGGUGGAAAUUCAGCUGGAUCACCAUCACAUCAAUUGAAUAAAGCUCAGUUGGCAGUAGCUGAAGCAAAUGCACUCAAACUAUUAGAAGAAGAAAAGAGAAAGAGAGAUGAGAAAAAGAGAAAGAGAGAAACUGAUGAACAAUGGUCAAAAGUAAUUCGAUCAAAGUUGGAACUGGAAAAGAAAAAAUUAGAUGAUGAUGAACAAAAAUCAUACACUAUUAAUCAAGAAUUGUAUACAAUCUUUAAUGAUCUUCAAAUGAUUUCUCAUGAUCAUAGUAUACCAUUUGAAACACCUGAAUUGGUAGUCGUUGGAAUGCAAUCAGAUGGUAAAUCAUCAUUUAUUGAAUCACUAUUGGGUUUUCAAUUUAAUAUUGUUGAGAGUAAUAUUGGUACAAGAAGACCAUUAAUUAUUCAAAUGAUUAAUAAUCAAAGUAAACAAGAACCAUCAUGUCGAUUUAAAAAGGAGUGUCAUUUGAUUGAUGGCACAAGUAUUGGAUCGUUGGAGGACAAGUGGGAAGAACAUGAAACACCAGCUGAAGAAUUGACUGAAGAGAUUGUUAGACGUACCAAUGAUUUGACUGGAGCUAGAGGUGAUAGAGUCUCUUCCUUUCCAAUCUUUUUACGUGUCGAAUUUGCUCAUUGUGCCAAUCUAAAUAUCUACGAUACUCCAGGUUUUAGAAAAGGUGGUGAUGAAAGAUUAAAAUAUGAAAUUCUAGACAUGGUUAAAAAAUUAAUUGAACCAAAACAUCGUAUCAUUGUUUGUUUGGAACAAUCAAAUGUUGAAUGGGCAAAUACAAUUAGUAGACCAUUAAUUAAAAAGAUUGAUCCAGAUUUUACAAGAACUAUAUUAAUUAAUACAAAGUUUGAUAAUCGAGUCAAAGAAUUAAGAAAUCGAGAGUCUGCACACAAGUAUUUGGAAGGUGAAGGAAUAGUAACUGGUAAAAAGAUCUUUUUCAUCAGUCUCCCUUUGAAGCGUAAUUUGGAUCCAUACAAAUUCAAAGAAGCAUGUAAAGAGUGUUACUUGGAAGACUAUAGAAAGUUGUUAGAGAUUGGAUUCGAUGAGAAUCGUUUUGGUGCACAGAUUGGUAUUUACAAGGUCAAGGAAUAUGUUGAACGUCAUUUACACGAAAGAUAUCAACAGAAUCUUGUACCAUCACUCACAUCGUUGGAAAAUAUUUGUCGUCGUACCGACAAGGAAAUUGAACGUGUCCGUAAGGAAUUGGAUGAAAACAAUCUUCAAACACUUAAAUUCAAAGUACUCCAAUACGUUCAAGGAUUCAAUAGUCAAAUUGAACGACUACUAGAAGGUAGUGUUGUUGGUGAUCCAGACAAGUAUGGUCAAACACUUGAAAAGGAAUUGGAGCAAUGUUGUGUUCAAACAUGGCCCAACUUUAACUUUGGAUUCGAUAUUCAAAAUGCAAAGUUUGCAUUGUAUGGCGGUGCUCAAUUUGAACGUCUACUAAAUGAAUUAGAGUAUGUCGUUCAUUCAAGAGAAUUCCCUGAAACUAGUAUCAAUGAAGUUGCAUCUGCUAUUGGUAUUUCAAAAUUACAUAAUUCCCCAAUUUAUGAAUUGGCUGCAACAAAUAUAUUUCAAAUUAAAUCUAAAAAGGUAUUAUUACCAUUGAUUGAUAUAGCAUUACAAAGAUGUUCAUAUAUAUUUAAGAGAUUAUUUGAUAUUGGAGUAUCGAUAUUAUCCAAUGAAGAGUAUCAUACAGUAUCAUUGUAUGCAUCAUUCUUGGAGGAAUUCAAAUCACAAUACUUUACAUUUAUCAAAGAGAUUGAAGCCGAUUGUAAAACACGUCUCAAAGAUGACUUUGACACUUUUACAAAGAUUGUCGAUUGGAAUCUUCUCAAUGGUCUCAAUGAAAUCAAACAAUACAAUUAUAUCAAAGUAACACCGGAAGAAACUAAACAAAGAGUUGUUGCAAUAAUGGAAUCAAAUCCAAUUGAUGAAAGUUUUGAAAUUAAUACAAAAUCACGUAGAAUUGAUGAAGAAACUUAUAGAAAAGUUUGUAUGAUUGCAGGUAAAUUAUUUUCUGGUAUUCGUUUCUUCUUUUCAAAGUUUAUGAGAAACAAAUUAAAUGCAUUCUUUUUGGAUCCUUUGUUUCAAAAAUUGGGAUCACGUAUGAUUGAUCAUUUCUCCAAACUGACCGAUCAAAAGUAUCAAGAAUUAUUCCAAUCGAUCGAUCAAUUAAAGAUUCUAUUGACCAAAUUGGAAUCACAAGCAAUCGAUUGUAAAUUAAAUAGAGACAAGUUUAAAGAUUAUUAA